GAUGUUUGCACUCUGCUUGUCCAAGGCUGUCAGCUGGUUCACCUUGAUCAGGAACACCUUGUCAGCAAAGUCUGUCAGCUUAUCCAUCACUUACUUAACAGAUUUCAGGUGAUGGUUGAUGAACAGAGCUUGAAUUUUCUUCUCUCCUACUGCAUCUCUGCUCUUAAGCAGUGUAGCUCUUGGACACAUGUUGAAAUUCUGCAAGCCUUAGCAGCUCUUGUUUACAAUAAUGGACCUAAAUGUCAAAAGUUUCUCCCAGAUCUGCUGGGUGAGAGGGGGCUCCUGGUGCAGCUCAGCGCCCGCGCGCAGCCCGACGCGGAGCUCAGGAGGGCAGCGGUGCGAGCCAUGGCCAACCUGUGCCUCAGUGUGCCUGGACAGCCAUACUUGGAUGAGUCCUACAGAAGUGUCUGCUUUCAAACUUUUCUAAGUGUUCUUCAGUCUUCAAAAACCUCUGAUGUAGAUGACAUCACUUUUUGCAUGUUACUGCAAAAUGCACUGAAAGGUAUCCAGUCCCUUCUCAAUGGUGGGAAGAUGAAACUAAUGCAAACUGACCAAAUUGGAUCUCUUCUGGCAGUGUUAAAGAAAUGCAUGUUCCAUGGACUGCCAGGGCUGAGCCUGGAGAUGCCCACAGCCUUGUACCCAGCUCCCUUACCUCAGUCUGAUAAAAGGUCACCUGUCAAACAGGAGCAGUCAGAAACAGCCACCUGUAAGCAGACAGGGAACCGAAGAAAAAAGUCCAAAGGGAAACAAAAGAAAGGAGAGUUUGGGGAAGAAGGAAGAGAAGAUCUGAGUGAUGCAGGAAGCGAGUCAGUCCUUGGAGCAGACAUGCUGAGGCUGCACGUGGGGGAUGUGCAGAGCAGUCCUGCUUCAGCUCCUCGGGCUCGUGCAUCAGAUGCUGCCGAUGUGCCUGCUGGAAAGGAUCCCUUGGCUGCACAUCAGACUGGCUGGAAAAGGAUCAGCAGCAGUGAGUCGGAGUAUUCGGAUGCUGAAGGUGGAAUACAGAGCAAAGUGAGAUCUUAUCAAGCCAACGUUCGUCAAGGGGCUCUUGCCUGUUUCCUCUCUGCUAUAAAAUCAAUAGAAAAAAGAAUUCUUUAUGGUUACUGGUCAGCGUUUGUUCCUGAUGCCCCUGGUAUUGGCAGCCCCCAGUCAGUGUCCUUGAUGACUAUUGCUUUAAAGGACCCUUCUCCAAAGACCCGUGCCUGUGCUCUUCAGGUUCUCUCAGCCAUGCUGGAGGGUUCCAAGCAGUUUCUCUCUGUUGCUGAAGAUGCCAGUGAUCACAGGAGAGCCUUUACUCCCUUCUCCGUGUCUAUCGCUUCCAGCGUCCGGGAGCUGCACCGCUGCCUGCUGCUGGCCCUGGUGGCAGAGUCCUCCUCUCAGACACUGACACAGAUCAUCAAGUGCCUUGCAAAUUUGGUUUCAAAUGCCCCAUACAACCGCUUAAAACCUGGGCUGCUGACAAGAGUUUGGAACCAGAUAAAGCCAUACAUCUCUCACAAAGAUGUUAAUGUUAGAGUUUCCAGUCUCACGUUGUUAGGGGCAAUAGUCUCUGUCCAAGCACCUUUACCAGAGGUGCAGCUGCUUUUGCAGCAGCCCAGCUCUUCAGGGCUGAGUAACAGUGGUAGCGCAACCCCCCGCCGGUGCAGUUCUGCUCAGUGGAGGAAAGCUCUGCCCUCAGAAGGGGAGCCCCCCGAAAAUCCAGGGGGGUGCACAUCUUCUGAGCCUUGCUGGCUUCUCCAUCUCUGUGUCUCCAUCACCAUCCUGCCCAGAGAGGAUUCCUGCUCCGACAGCGACGCCAACUUCUCCUUCUCCAGCCUCUACGAGCCGUGUCCCCUUCGACUGGAGUCCCUGCAGGUGUUGGCUCUUCUUGUAAAAGGCUAUUUCUCUGUGGCUCAGAGCUAUUUCCUAGAACUUGGAGAAGUGGCUUGCAGAUGUAUGGAAGAAAUGGACCCAUCCAUUCAGCUUCAUGGAGCCAAACUUCUGGAGGAGCUGGGCACAGGAGUGCUGCAGCAGUACAAACCUGAGUCAGCCAUUGCCCCUGAUCAGAGAGUUCCUGUCAGUGUGGUGGUCACUUUCUGGACUAUGAUGUUAAAUGGCCCUUUGCCUGGCACUCUUCAGAGCUCUCCACACGCGACUCUUCAGACCAGUGCCUGUGAUGCCCUGUCCUCUAUCCUGCCAGAAGCAUUUGGCAGCCUGCAGGAUGACCAGCAGAUACUGUGUGUGACUCUGCUGCUUGGCCUGAACCACAGCGAGAACCCGCUGGUGAAAGCCGCUGCCGCACGCGCGCUCGGCGUCUACAUCCUCUUCCCUUGCCUCCGACAGGAUGUGAUGUUUGUGGCAGACACAGCCAACGCCAUUCUGAACUCCCUCCAUGACAAGUCUCCAAACGUCCGUGCCAAAGCAGCCUGGUCCCUGGGCAACCUUACAGACACCCUCAUCAUCAACAUGAAAACGAUGGGACUAAGCUUCCAGGAGGAGCUCUCUGAUCUCCUGCUGUUGAAAAUGUUACGGUCUGCAACUGAAGCAUCCAAGGACAGAGACAAGGUGAAGAGUAACGCGGUGCGGGCCCUUGGGAACGUGCUUCACUUCCUUCAGCCCUGUCACAUAGCAAACCCCAGGUUUAGGGAGGCCAUCCAGGAGUCUCUCCAGGCCCUCAUUGCCACUGUCCAGAGCGAGGCCACCAUGAAGGUGCGCUGGAAUGCUUGCUAUGCUCUGGGGAAUGUGUUUAAGAACCCUGCCUUGCCACUCGGAGAGGCCCCUUGGACCACGCAGGCUUAUAGUGCACUUUCCUCAGUGGUGAAGUCCUGCAAGAAUUUUAAAGUACGGAUCAAGUCAGCCAUGGCCCUGUCCAUCCCUGGCAGGAGGGAGUGCUACGGCUCCACGGAGCAGUUCGGCCAGAUCUGGAGAGCCUUGGUGGUGGCCUUGCAGAAGAGCGAAGACACCGAGGACUUCCUGGAGUUCAAGUACAGUGCCAGCCUCAGGACUCAGCUCUGCCAGACUCUGCUGCAUCUCCUAAGCCUGGCGAAGGGCACAGACCUGCCAGUUGUGUGGGAAACCCUGAGGGAGAACGGGGAGUCCAUCAGACCCUACAUCCUGCAGUACCUGAAAUCGGGAGCUGAAGAGAACGAGGCAGGAAGGGAGACGGACGUGGGCGAGAGGGAGAGGGUGUUGAAAGGAGCCAUUGAACACCUCGGUGGGGUGGAGAAGCAGCUGGAGGGCAAAGCCAGGGUAAGGGUGUCUGGUUAUCUGGAAGGUGUCCUCACAAACCACGCCAGGGCCACGCAAUUAACAGAGACUUAG